AUGUGUAUCUGGAUUAUAAAUUAUGAAGCAGGAGAAAUUGUUUAUCAACCAAUUAUUCAAUUAUUUGGUUUUGAUAGUAUUUAUCAUGAAACAAUUUUAGUCAAUAAUAAAUAUCAAUGGCCAAUUGUUCAAGGUCUUUUUAAGAUCUAUAUUGAACUUAAUCCUGGUGAAAACAUAAUUCAACUAUCAACAUUAACUUCACAAUUAUCAUUUACACUACUCUAUAGCCCUUCGAAAACAACAAAUAUUACUCUUCGACUUAUCUAUGUAUCAUUUUCUGAUACUGUUGAUCAUGAUAUAGAAAAUAUAUGUAAAAAAUUUGUUUUAUUAAGUAAACUUAAAAAUUCAUCAUAUAUCAAUGUUAAAAAAGAUUUCGAAGAUAAAAUAACUGGAGAUGAUAUAUUUAAAGAAAUCUAUCGUCAAAUGUAUAAAACGAAUUUAAUUCAAGAUUCAUCAGUAAAACUCAUCAUCAAAUCAUCUAUUUCAUCAUCAUUAACAUUUGCUUAUACAUUUAAUAAUAUAAUUGUAUUAAAUUUACCGAAAGAGUUUAGUUGCCUUCCAAUAUCAUUUGAUGAAUUCUAUGAAAGCCUUAAUACAAAUAAAGUUGAAUCAUUGUUUUAUUCAGUUGGUGCUUAUUUACAUGAGCUUGGUCAUGUAUUUGGUCUUGAUCAUGGAAAUAAUCAAAGCUUGACAAUAAUGUCAUCAUCUAAAGGGUAUAUUGAUUCUGGAAAAGAUUUUUUUCUUGUUAGUCCACAUUUAUGUUCAAUUAUAUACAAUCAACAAUGUUCAUGUUAUAAAAAGCCAAUAUUAAGUAUUUCAUGUUCGUAUUCAAAUGGUGUAUUAUCUAGACAUUCCAAGAAUCUUAAAUGUUCAUGUAAAUCAGAUAUUCAUUGUCAAUUUACAUUAAAAUUUAAUCAACAUAAAUAUAAUGAAAAACCGAAUCAAUGUAUAUGUAAUGGACAAUUUCAAUUUGAUAUUGAUCAUUGUCAUCGAUUGAUAGUUCAAUUUGAUGAAAGAAAAUAA